CGUGAUCCAGCUAAAAGUGAAUUCUAUUAAUCCUGCAUUCAACUUUUACCCCUCUCACCCACUCCAAACAAAAGCAAUUCCACCAUAGCAGAAUGUGUUCGGAUCUCGGCGCCGCAUCGCAAGGCUGCGCCUUUUUCUCUGCAGUAGGGAUUCUGUUCAUGUCUUGGGUUGGUAUAUUGCUGAUUAAACAGCCAUUCUUUGUGGGGGGAAUAGACGACGUGGAAAAUGCCAAAGGAAGUGCUUUCGGUGCGGCGGCAUCCUUCUUUUUCACAUUUCUGAUUUCAAUAAUGUACAUGAUAAAAGAGGGCCGCAGAUUGGACGAUCAUAGCGACCGUCCAAGUAGAGACGGCGGUGCUCGCGGUGAUUAUGGUCAACUGCCGGCUUACCGAGACUACAAUGAUGCAGUUGCGGACUUGCCAGAAACCCUGAGUCGUGGUGCUGUGUUUACCUAAACCGACUGCGGUCCGAUGCUGUUGUGUGGCAGCAAAAGCCUAUCGUGCAUGGGUAGCUCCAGCCUUUUUCAACUUUCACAGCAUUAUUUUCUUCGAAUUCUUUUUGUCAGCAAGAAUCAUAAGGGUGCGCAAAAUUUGGGAAUACAUUUGAUAGCGAUUAGAGCAUCGUGCAGGCUGAAACACGGGACAUAGCAACGAAUUGGGAUCGUGGGUCUCAAAUCUAGAAAUACUUUGUAUCAUACCUUUCUACAUGCUGACUUUACUGUUAGAGUAACAGAUUGGGUAAACGCUACCACAUAAACUAUUCACACAUCC